CGGACUCAUUUUGAAUGCAUUUAACAGAUCCUCUGAGGUUGCACUCGGAAUUGCAUUCCCGGGGAUCAUCUGCUCUUCCAUGUUUCCCACCCCUCAACCUCUUUUUAUUGCCACGCAAUUACAAGCGAAGUGGAGGCUCAAUUCGCGCGCGUGCCCGCAGAUGCGCGUCCACGCCUCUCAACCACGCGCAGAUGGGAGCGCUGUUGGAUCAGAGAUGAGAUAUAACCGCGCACAUCCACGCUGCACGCUUAAAGCUCCGCGACGCUGCGAGGACGCGCCACACCUGCGUGCGUGGGAACAGCACAAGUUCUCCGCGCCCGAAUCGGACCGAUCGAAGUUUUCUAAUCGAUGGAUCGGUGUUCACAUGUUCUGGUCAUUUUAGCACUCCGGGACGGCGAGGAGUCUUAGGGAAGAGCGAGAGACUCGGAGGGGGAACAGAUGGAGCUCACCAUGGAGAACAUCCACAGCAUCUCCUCGCACUCCCAGGUGGGGAACCUGAUGAGCUCGCGGCCGUCGCCUUCCCCCAGCUCCGCUUCCCGGAAUCUGGUGUCGCACGCCCCCGGCGGGCGCUCGGCGAUGGUCUCCGGCAUGACCUCCAUCCUGGAGAGCUCCGGCGGAGACUACCGGCCCGAUCCAUCCUCGUUGUCUGGACACAUGCACCCGUCCAUCAGCAUGUGCGAGAACGCGAUGAGUCUGAGCAACACGUACACGACCCUGGCCCCGCUGCAGCAUCUACCUCCCAUCUCCACCGUGUCGGAGAAGUUUCACCAUCCGCAUUCGCACCACCACGCCGCGGCCCACCCGCGCCUCUCCUCCGGGAACGUCAGCGGCAGCUUCACGCUGAUGCGGGACGACCACCGCGGGCUCGCCCCAAUGGGCAAUCUGUACAAUCACUACCCCAAAGAGAUGUCCGGCAUGGGCCACGGCUCGCUGUCCCCGCUGCCCAGCGGCCUGGGCUCUUUGCACAACCCCCAGCAGCCGCUCUCGUCCUACGGGCCGAGCGCGCACCUUUCCGCCGAAGCCAAGAUGCUUUCCCCGGUGUCGGGGUUCGAGUCUCACGCCUCCAUGCUGUCGAGGAGCGAGCAAGAGCACCUGGCGAGGAGCUUAGGGGGCCACGGCCACGGCAUGAUCUCCAACCUGAACGGCAUGCACCACCACCCGCACGGCCACCUCCACUCGCAGCCCGGCGGCGCGGCGAUGCUGGGGGACCGGGAGAGGCACGGCCACGGCAGCGGGCAGGGGGGCGCGGGCUCGGGCAUCCAGGCGGAGGAAAUCAACACCAAGGAAGUGGCCCAGAGAAUAACGGCAGAAUUGAAGCGAUACUCCAUCCCGCAGGCCAUAUUCGCCCAAAGGAUCCUAAGCCGAUCCCAGGGGACGCUCUCGGACCUGCUCCGGAACCCGAAACCCUGGAGUAAGCUUAAGUCCGGCCGGGAGACGUUUAGGAGGAUGUGGAAGUGGCUGCAAGAGCCCGAGUUCCAGCGGAUGUCUGCUCUGAGGCUGGCCGCAUGUAAACGCAAGGAGGAAGACCGAGGACGAGAGCGCAACCAGGUGCCAAAGAAGCAGCGGCUGGUCUUCACAGACCUGCAGCGUCGUACCUUGGUAGCAAUCUUCCGAGAGAACCACCGUCCCUCCAAGGAGAUGCAGCUUACCAUCUCCCAACAGCUAGGCCUGGAGCUCUCCACCGUCUCCAAUUUCUUCAUGAACUCACGCCGCCGCUGUCCGGAUCGGUGGGACGUCGAGGAGCACGCUCAAGGGGCGCACGGCCACAUACACGCUGCUCACAGACACGGCAAUGCUAACUCCUCGCCCGUCCACCCUGGUACCUCCUCGGUCAGCAUUUUCUCCAAGGCUUGAUGGAGGAAGGUCGAACACAAGCACGGAGGACGGAGCGGGUAUAUAGUGAGCUACAGGGUGUGUGGUUGUUUUCUUUAGAUCUUAUUCAUCUGCUCAAAGUGCUUAUGACAUGAGCAGAUGAAUGAGAUCAUAUAUUUUAUUCUGAAUGUUACUAUCAGGGGUGAACUCUUCAUAUACCAAAGAUACAGUAGCUUUAAGCCCACAAAUAACUGCACGUGGCUGAAAAAAAGACACACUGUGGUUGAGUCUUGGAUAAAGGGGAUUUGAAGUAAAGCCAAGGCCUUGAGAAAGAAAGGGUUAAUUUGCUUUAGGUUUGGUGCUGGUUUGCUUUUUUUCCCCCAACAAGAGCCACACGAUGUUCCUCACAAUCAGACAGCAGAUGUGCCUGCUGGGCCGCAAUCCGCAGUAACUCAUUUCACUAACACACAAAGGACAGUGUGUGUGUCCAGUGGUUCCUUUCACCUGCUAAACACAUGCCUCCUCAAUUCUCUGCAACACUGCAUGUGUGUAUCACGCGUCUGCAUGUGUGCAACAUCUUACGUGUGCCCUCUGCAACAGUCGGCCCAGAAUAACACUGCCACCUGCUGUCUAUUUAAACCACAUCUUCUCACGUCUGUGUUCUUUGCAGUCAGAGCCUCUAUCUUGCACCAAAACAUGGCAAACAUAAACCAAAGAUGAAACUUUAGUGCAUUAGCAUUAUGCACGAGUGUCACUCUGCAAAAAAAAACUAAUACACAGAUGCGAACAACCGUAUUUCCUCAAAUCGUGGCCAGGGGCAUUUAUUUACUCAAAUGUUGAGAGUACCAGAGUCAUUAGGAUUCAGAUGUUUACUAGGGGGAGUCCUUCAUUAGUACAUUUAGAAGAUUUAACACGUUAUUCGUCUUUUUUUCAACCAUUAAAAAAAUUAAAAAAUUUAAAUAACUAUUUUCUAUUGCACUGGUCCACUGCAAAAAG